AUGCCCAAGCGCACCAUGGGAGGGAGGGCCGAUGCCGGGGCCGACACCAUGGCGCACGAAGCAUCCAAGCAUCGUGCGAAGCUGCACAUGGAGAAACCCCUCCCCGCCGGCGAGGGGUCCAGCCGGCAGCAGGGCGGCCGUGACGUCGUCGACCACGUCCAGGCUCCGGUGCAGGUGUCACCUACGCCGGAGCAGGUGACUCCUCUGCCACGCCAUCUGCCUCCUCUGGCGCAGCCCGUGGUCAAUGUCGACGGCGACAACGACGAAGAAGAGGUUUGA